UUUCUGUUAAAUUCACCAAAUUCUUAGUCUUGGAAACCUCAAAAUAAGACAAACAGACAACAACAUCAACAUAAUCCUGCUGCCUCAGGUUGUAAACUUUUCUCCUCCCCUCUGAAAUGUCGCUCCUGCUGUAUAUUUUUGCAUCGCAAACAUGAAUUAUGAGAGUGAAUCUACAGUAACCAAAGCGUCUAUAAAUAAUUCAUUUCAGGAAAAGGGAUCUAUUUGCCCUCGUGCUUCUCCCGCGCUCGUGUGCACCUGCUUCCACUCGGUCACGGCGGAGGCGUCUCCAAUUAUCCCGGAGCACAUCCCUGAAUUUACCUGCAGAAACACAUUGAUCCUGACUGUGGCGUGAUCAAUACGGACGACACGUGAAGGCCGCAUGUGAGGGGGGGGGUCGAUUAAAUUUGCGCGUAAAGGAAUCAAAGAUAUGUUUGUUUUUAAUGUUACAUGCAUGAAAAUCUUGAAAAUAUUGUUUGAUGUGGAUGUUCUGAGACCGGGACAAGUUGUUCCCUUCUUCACGUGACUUGUCAUGAUGAUGGUUCACUUGAGUGGGCUCGCUGCUCACUGCUCUGGUCCUCCUCAGUCCCCUUCAGAUCUGCCUCUGCGUGGAUGUCUCGCACCUUUUAGGAGGCGGUAGCUGAUAGAGGAGACACACCACUCACAUCCUGCAUCACUUUGAGAAGGUUUGAGACGGGUUUUGACGCGUUUUUACGUGGAAAUUAACCCUCAACUUUGACGGUGAGGAUGCAGGGGGCGGCUGCAGGGAGCUUCAGCACUCUGGACAGCGCUCGUGGAAGUUUCGGGGGACAGAGGAUUUCACUGAGAUGACUUUUUUCACAAGUGAAAAUGGUUGAUUUUGAGUGUUUGUUUCCAAGUAACCCCAGGGUGGACUUGUUGGAGUGAGACAUGGACUUUGCUGAAAUCAUUUUCGCUUUGUUCAUCGUUGUAGUCGCCGUCGUCUCUCUGUUGUCAAACUUGUUGGUGCUGUUAUGUUUCGUCCACAGCACCGAGAUCCGCCGGCAGGUCCCCGGUGUUUUCACCAUGAACUUAUCCUUCUGCAACAUCCUCAUCACGGUACUCAACAUGCCCGCCACUCUGGUUGGGAUUAUCCGGAACCAGCAGCCCUUCGGGGAUUGUGUUUGCCACACCGUGAGCUUUCUAGAGACUUUCCUCACAUCCAACACCAUGUUGAGCAUGGCUGCGCUCAGCAUCGACAGGUGGAUAGCCGUGGUGUUCCCACUCAGUUACUCCACCAAAAUGCGCUACAAGGACGCGCUGAUCAUGGUGUGUUACUCGUGGCUCCACUCCUUCACCUUCUCCCUCACGGCGCUGCUCUUCUCCUGGGUGGACUAUAGCCACGUGUACGCGUCCUGCACCCUGCAGCCACGCGAGGAGGAGGGCAGCGACAGGGUUAGGUUUACAGUGUUCACGGUGGUUUUCCACGCCACCAGCUUCAUGCUCUCCCUGCUCAUCCUGUGCUUCACCUACCUGAAGGUGCUGAAGGUGGCCAGGUUUCACUGCAAGAGGAUUGACAUCAUCACCAUGCAGACUCUUUUCCUGCUGGUUGACAUUCACCCGAGGUAAAGUUUCCAAAACUAUUAUUUUCCUGCAGAUCUAUAACUCAUAAACAUGUUUUUAAUAUGUUGUUGUCCUUUCCAGCGUGAAACAAAGAUGUUUAGCUGAGCAGAAGAAGAGAAAAAAGAGAGCCACGAAGAAGAUCAGCAUCUUCAUCGGCUCCUUCAUCAUCUGCUUUGCUCCUUAUGUUAUUACAAGGUGAGUCAAAUAAACAAAUACUUUAAAACUAUUAAACUCACUUACACCAUAUUAUCUUAAACACAUAAAAAAGGUGUAAAUAUUAUCUCUAAAUGGAGAAGAACAAACCCAGUCCCUGUAAUAUCUCUGAACCAUGAGAUGCCUCAUUAGUACCCUGUAUCAGCCUGUAAACAGCUGAGUUUCCAUGCUGCUGUGCUGUCAGAGGAAAAAAAGAAACCCGUACUGUACACAAUACAGCGCACAGGACAGCAGAUACAGUGUACGUGAUAAAUAAUGGCCUGCUGAGAAUAGAAAAAAGCUGCUUCAGGGACCCUGUUGUCAGCCAGAUAUGCUGCUGAUGAUCCAUCAGGUUGAUGCGUGUGUGUUACUGCACAUAUGGGAGUAAAAGGAGGAGGACGCUUUAACAAGGAGAAGUGUCAGACAGAAUUGGAGUAGCCUCCCGGCCGGGUUCACACUCAGGAAGUAACCCGAGUGACUGUUGGAACCAAAAAUCCAAUUAAAAAAAAGUCUCUGCUCACGAAUCCACCCUGCUUUCAAAUCUGCUUCAUUUACAGCUUUUACCAACAUUCGAACAUAAUAAAUAAACAUUAGCUAUAGCAUUUAAAGGGGUAAAAUCUAUAAGAACAUUUUGCCUACCUAAAGCAAAUAAACAAUCCUAUUAACAAUUGCUUAUACUCCAUAUGGUUUUGUAGAAUUAAAAAAAAUAUGACGUACAGGAAGAAUUUUGGAGGGUAAAACUUGUUACAAGAUCAACAAAAACAGCACAAAUGUCCUCUUUAACUGAAGUAAGUGUGACCUGUGGUGGCCUAAUGUGCAACCAAAUAUCUAGCAAAAAUGUGAACAAGAUUGUACAGAAGGCUUUCCCCCCUUUUUGUCUUUGCUAUUAGAAAAAAUUAAGCAAAAUGAUUAAAUCUGCACUUUUUUCUAAUGGCCAGUAGGGGGCAACUUCACUGGUAGUAGAAACAAGUCAGAUUGUGUGGUGGCAGAUGGGAAAACUGCCAAAGUUCUUAGUUGUUUCAUUACCAAAGACAAUAAUUUUUUGUGACAUUGUCCUUUAAAGCUGGCCUCAAAAUAGUGUUGUGUUGUUCACGAACGAUUCGUUCAAAAGAACUGAAUCUUUUAAGGGAACAUACGGAACUGAAUCACUUCCUCGAGUGAUUUGCUCGUUUCUCACUUAAGUUGAGCUGAAGUGAAACAGCAUUGCCAGUCGAGCAGCCGGCGAACGAGGAAACGCAUGCACCAACGCAUGAAUCACUUGGUGAACAAAUCACGUAUUGAACAACACUCUCUGGAAUCAUUUUUGUCAGAUAAAACUACAUUUUUAAAAUAAUUUUUACUGCUAAAUUGCCACCACAACAACUUUCAUACAAUAGGACACAGCAUGUAACAAGUAGUGCAUUAAACCUGCAGCAUCCUGUCAUUGCAGCGGUUUACGAGGGUCAGGGAAGCUACAAAUUAAACUGAAUCCUGAACCGUUCAGCUGUGUAACAGUUCAGGAGGUCGGAGUCACAGGCUUCUUCCGCCAAGCGCUAAAUGAUUUGGUGAUUUGGUGAACAAAUCUUUUGAAUGAAUCUUUUUAGUGAACUGAUUCUAGUGAUUCAGUACAUCUUAAAGAACUGCCGUGCCCAUCACUACCUCAAAAUAAUACAAUUUAAUACAAUUUAAUGGCUUUUUUACAUUAUUCAAUCAGUCAGUCAAUCUUUAUUUGUAUAAAACCAAUUCACAACAAAUGUUCUGUUAAGAUAUUUUGCAAAAAGGGCAACAAAAACAACAAUUCACAUAGACUUAUGGCUAAAGUGUCAUAAGUAAUGAAAUGGCUAGGCAGACUAUCAAAAUAAACAUCAGCUUUUUAGCGGAAAUAAUGAUGAAACUUUACUCUACUGAUCGAUUAAUUUAGAGUAAAUAGAAGAUAAUGAGUCCAGUGUGUUUUAUAGCGUGGCUAUCUGUGAUCUAGAUGCGUCAAUGAGUCAAUGCAGAGGUGCAAAAAACUGCAGUUCCUUGAGUGUCCACUUGAGGCCGGUCCCAAAAGCCAAUAAAUCCACAUUAGGUCCAAUGUUAAAGUGCAGAAACAGACACAUUCAUGUCUUGGCAGUAAAAGACAGUCAAGGUCCAUGUGGCGCAUUUGUCCAGUUGCACACUCUGCUACCUGCAACUUUUUUAUGCUACAUUAGUGGCUAGCAUGGCUAACUUGACUGACAGGUUUUUCUGGUUAAAACUGUUGGAUAAAGUCUUUAUUUUUAGUGUGGCCUCAACACACCUCUUCAAAAACCCAUGGGCAAUGUCACCUGGAUCGAUCCAUACAACUUUAAAUUGGCUGUUUCCACUUUUUUUUCCAACAGGCAUGGAGAAAGUUGCCUGUUAGGAAAGUUUGGGGAAAUCUGCUCUUUAACACUUUUUUCUUCCUGUUUGAGGGACUAAGCAAAGACAAGCCCCUCCCCUUAUUUCACCAGCUAAUGGUUUUCACAGUCCCUGGCUUGUUCGAGUCUCUUCAGUCUCCAGUCUUACGCAAUCUUGGAAACAUUUCACACAUUUAAAGAAACUGCAAAACAAAGAGCUUUAAGUGUCACCUUUGACUGAAAUGCACUCCAAGUCACUUUCAUUCUCCCGCCCAUUCAGGCUGGCUGAGCUUCUUCCCUUCGUGGACAUCAACCGCCGCUGGGGAAUCAUCAGUAAGUGCCUGACAUACAGCAAGGCUGCGUCCGACCCUUUCGCCUACUCCCUCCUACGUCAGCAGUACAAGAAAGUCCUGGUGACUGUCGUCAACAGGCUGCUCCGUCGUGACCUGUACCCCUCGUCUGGCCAUAACAGCUCUUUAGACACAGAGAACGACUACUGUCUCCAGAGGAUCAGCUAAUGGCGAAUGCAUGGACACGGCAGAUCCUCGCUACAGCCAAAAAUAAAGGUUGCCUUUUGGAAGAAGGUGGGCGGAGGAGAAGAAUGAGAAAAAAAGACAGUGAGGAGAGGAAAUUGUUAGGGAAGGAGUAAGAGAGUAGACAGAGGGGACAGAUUGUGGGUGGGGGUUGAAAAGAGAGCUAAAAUAAGAGAAACGGUGGGUGGAGAGGAAAAGAGUAACAAGGGGGAGGAUGAAUGGGUCAAAACAGGGAAGACGUAUGGGGAGUAAAAUGUGGAAGACAAUUACCUCGGACAAUAUCGGCAAACAGGAAAUGUGUGUUUUGUCAACACACAAAACCACACGAACAUGGUGAAUCAAUGUCAUUGAAUAAGUUCAGAUUAAUCUCAAACUGAAGGCCCACACUGCUGGAGACAGACUCUAAAAAAAAGGUGGCCUUUUGUACCGUUCCGACCACUUUAUAAUGACUUCAAAAAAAUCCACAUGUGACCUUUCUACUGCCACAAAACGCAGCGACACAGCCAGAAGCUGAUGGUCGAUAAAAGCGCCGGAGCAAAGAUUUGAAAAUGUUUGUUCCUUCAGUUAAUGGAUGUACUCUUCGGUGUGGAGAUCCACCUGCUUUACGUUGAUGCCAUGUUCUGUAUUGACAACGUUAGACUAUUUUGCAGUGUCAUGUCAGUCACUGAAUAAUGAUGCACUUUGUCCGAUUCUCUCAGAGCGACUGUAGUCAGUAUUGAAUCACGAGGCGGAGGAUAUUCUGUGUUUUUGUCAAUGCCAGCAAUUUCCAAGAAAAGACCAAAAAUCAAUAAUGUGACUCCCGGGACCCCAUUGUAUUCUAACUCCAGCCAAUUUAUUCAUGGGAAUUUUGGUCUUUUUAAAGGGGUGAGAGUGCAAAUACAGACCAGAAAGGCAAAAAUAACGACAAAGGAGAGGCUUGAGUCCUGAAUUUAACUGGGACUGUUGGACUAUUUUUGAACACAGAUGAGCACACCGUCAAAGGACCUUCAUGACAACGUUAAAUCUAAGAAUUAAUUACAGCUUCAGCUUGUUGUAACCAAGAAAUACCCAUUAGCUAGCUCCACCCCUGACACAUCUAUGCCAGCAGCUUCAUCAGUCACCCAUUUUGUCAAAAUAUGACGCCUUAGGUUUUUUUUCUGGACACUGCUUUGGUUUGCAGUUGAAAUUAGAUCACGUGGUUAUUAAAAGAUCAUAAUCCGAUGUAUGUAUGAAACUAUCGGUUAGUGUUGAAGUUGCUUCUCUCGAAGAAAGGUAGCACACAUGGUGACAUAAAAUUCGUACACUUGCAUUAGCAUCAGUAGUGUCUUGGCCGCUUUCCAUAUUUACCUUAGUAACAUGAUGACAUAUAGAAGAACUUACGAUUCAAUUAUGCAUAUACUGAAGUAGUCUCAUGGAUUGGGAUCCAACGAGCCCAAUGCAAAUUUUGCAGGCCAUGGAUGUAGCUCAAGCGCGAACAAUGAUGGAAGUAACUCAGGUCAUAGACAAAGGCAAGGCGUGUCUCACUGUUAGAGACAUUUGUUGUAUUUUAUUUCUGUUUGUGUUUUGAAACCUUUAUCAUUUGUAAUUGUCCUGGUGCCACACCAGGUGGCGUGGAUUCCUAUUUGUUCGCUAUAAGUAGUAGAAGAUGCAGUCAGUGGCAGGUGUGUCUGCAGCUGGAGAAGCACACGUUUUUUUGACCAUCAACAUUAACAUCUUUGUCUUUUAUUUGUAUUUGUUUUCUUCAACAAGUAAGGAAGAUUUAACAAACAAAACGAGAAGAAAGCAAGAAGGCAUGGAAGAUGUGGAAACUGUAAGUCUCGCUAUAGUACACCUUGGUGGUUUUUGGGAUAAUUUGGGCAGGUGAAAGUAAGUCACUAUACUAACAUUUGCACGAUUUCUCAAUAUCUGAUGGAAAAAAAACUGGACUUUGUCAGUUUCAACAAAUGAGUUAAAGUUCUGGUAUAAAUCAGGCACCUCUGGGCUGAGAUGACACACCUGCUUCAUUCUCCACAGUCUUUAACUUGAUUGAAUUCAGCUUGUCGAUACCAAAACCAAUGGGUUCCAAGAUCGUUUCAACCUGAACCAUGGUUUUUGUUGAGCUUCCUUGUUCGCUGUGUUACCAGAUGUAAUCACAGUUUGAACAAACACAGCUCAGUUAUAGAAAAAGAUGUAUAUAUGAACCUGGAACCCUGCCCAUGUGAAGUUAAAUACUUAGACCAUGUGGUGAGUUGUGUGAGAAAAAAAUGUUAAUACUUUUUAAUGAUCCUCGGACAACCAGAUGAAGGAGAUCUUAAUGGUUCAUCCAAAUGUCAAACGCAGCAGCUGCUACACAUUUCAGUGACUCACUUCUUUUGAUUAAAUCAGGCUCCCUUGAGAAUUACACCAGAGUACUUACAAGUUCAGACGGAGACACAUUAACAUUAGUGGAUGUGAAUGGGAGUAACUCAUUUCUGGUGUUGGGUUGUAAUGGUUUUUGUUGUGAACACAGAAUAUCCGCUGACUUCUGCUUCAGGUUGUGACUUUGUAACUGAAUGUACUAGAGAUAGCCCACUUUUUGUACAACUGUGCUUCGUUCUGCCGGUUUACUGAAAAUGUUUCUAUGUUUCUAUUUAAAGGAUGUUAUUAUAUAUUUUGCACUGUACAGGAACAACUUUUGUCUAGAUAAACAGGGAGCAAUGUGAUGUAGCAUACGACAGCUUUCAAAGUGCUUUAAACACACCGUUUUUGUGUUUGUGCCAGAUUUGAAUAUGUGAUUUUUCCAGCUGUACCAGAAUAGCUGCUUCAUUAUUAAAAGUCUGUGUUUUUUUUAUGUAAUUUAUGCACAUUUAUCAUCCGUCCUGUGAGCCACUCGCUGUUUUUUGGCAGUGUGAUUAGCUUUUAGUGGAUUCUGUGCAAUAAAAGCUGUCAAUUAUAAAGCUAUUUAAAA